GGGGGGGCAGAUCAACGGACGCAGGUUCAUGAUCAAAGCUCGGAGCCGCGGCAGGAGACGGAGAAGGUCUGCGGGUGAGCGGGGAGCAGGAAGGAGCAGAACGAGGAGUUUUGGAGAAGCCCCUCCUCUCCGUGAUGUCGGAACCUCCUUAAUUACUAAUUUCUCCACAUUGAAGCCACGCUCUUUCCCUCCCCCUCUUUCUCUUUUCUCUCUCUCCACUCCUCCAUCCAUGCAUCUCUCAUCCUGACCCUCCUUUCUCUCUCCACUGUCUCUCUGUGGUUUCCAGGAUUUCGGAGGUGGACGAGCCCGGAGGAGCGCUUCUUUUUUUAUUAUUGUUUAUUCCUGGUCGUUAUUAUUAUUUUUUUCCCCUUCUUUUUUACUUUUGUUUCCUUUGGGGGCAGCGGGCAUGGAGGAUGUAAAAACCCCGCCGACCGUCCACCGGUCCUCCUCCUUCAGCAUCAAGAGCCUCCUGCUGCCCUCUAAGUGUGAGCGCCCGGACCCGGUGGUCUCUGCCCCCGCCGCGGUGCUCAGCAUCCCCGGGACUCUUUCUCCAUCACCGGACUCUGAUUCGGACAAGUCUCCAGGUCCAACGGAGGUGGACUCCUCCGGGCUGAUCGAGGAGAAGGCUGGCAGGGAGGAGCAGGGGGAGCAUGAGGAGGAGGAGGACGGAGGAGGAGGGGAGGACUCCAAGCCGGCUUCGGAGCAGAACUCCACCGGGAACAACAACAGCGCGAAGAACGGGAAGUACGACAAGCCUCCGUUCAGCUACAACGCGCUGAUCAUGAUGGCCAUCCGGCAGAGCCCCGAGAAGCGGCUGACGCUGAACGGCAUCUACGAGUUCAUCAUGAAGAACUUCCCCUACUACCGGGAGCACAAGCAGGGCUGGCAGAACUCCAUCCGGCACAACCUCAGCCUCAAUAAGUGCUUCGUUAAGGUGCCUCGGCACUACGACGACCCGGGGAAGGGCAACUACUGGAUGCUGGACCCCAGCAGCGACGACGUAUUCAUCGGGGGGACCACCGGGAAGCUCCGCCGGCGCUCCGCCACCUCCCGGGGGAAGCUGGCCAUGAAGCGCGGGCUGCGCUUCGCUCCGCUCGGCUUAGAGCGGCCGAACAACCCGCUGUACUGGCAGAUCUCCCCCUUCCUCUCCCUGCACCACCACCACCACCACCACCCGCACUACAACGGAUCCUCGCCCGGCUUCCUGAACCAGGCGGCGGGUUACGGGUCGCUGCUGCCCGCCGUGGAGCAGCUGAGUAACGGGGAGCUGGGGCGCUCCAUGGCGCUGGGCCUGACGAACACUUACGGGAUGAGCACGUCUCCGGUGGGGCUGCUGUCCGGACAGACCGCCGGGUAUUUUGUCUCAGGGAGCCAACACGCUGCGGCACCGGGGCCACCGGGAGGAGGGACCCCGCCGCAGCCUCCGCCUCCCCCGCAGCAUCUCCCGCAUGGCGCGGCGGGGUUCGGCGGCUCCCCGCAGUCCCUGCUGUCGGACUCCCUCAGAAACGGCUCCUUACCGGCGUUCAGCCCGGGGGUGUCGGCGGGUUUCCCCGGGGUGCUGUCCCAUCAGAAGAGGGUGACCCCCAACGCCUUCCUGAACUGACCCCCCCCUUCAGCCACCCUUUGGACUCUCAGUGGAAACAAAAGACGUCAGUAAAGGGCAGAAAAUACGCGGUAAAUAUCAAACAAUGAGCUGAUUUAUCGAAAAUAUAUGAAGUGAAAAUUUUUGGCCAUAUUCUGGUUCAUUUGGUUUAUUUUCUAGAAAAAGAAAAAAGGGACAAACUUUUGUUACCCGCGGGUGUAAAACUGUCAACUAGACUUGCCAAAGGUAACACUAUAAGAAUAUUUCAAACUAUUUAUAUCUUGUACAAAGAUUUUCAGUACUUUUGUUUGACUUUAUUAUUUAUGUUUUGUAUUUAUUGUACAAUGUAUUUAAAUUUUAUUCUCAGUGUAUUUACUCAUCAGUAUUAAUGAAAACGGGUGGGAGGGCUGGGAUAAUUAUUAUUUAUUACGUUUGGAGACAAUCACAACUUUUUUUUUUGUUUAUUUGAAAAAAACAAAACAAUGUUUGAAUAAGUUAAUUAUUAUAUAAAAAAAGCCUUAAAGUUAUUAAACCAAUCAGGGGAUUUAGAGGAAAAAGAAGCCUAAAGAUCAUAU